AUGACGAUCAUAUCGGAGGAUGAGAAGAGUGUGGCCCGAGAUAGAGAGGGUGUGUUGGCUCGGGCUAUCAAAGUGGUAAACAGGAAGUUCAGGAGGAAAGAUGUACGGCGGGAAAAGCUAGAGCGAGCGCUUAGCUGUGAUAACCAGAUGACGUUGAACUCUACGAAUCUCUACGCGGCGCAGCAGCAAGAGUAUCAGCGGAGGGAGGAGAAUGAUAUAGAGGAGAACCAGGAGCCGGAGGGUGGUAAUGACGAUAUAGACUACGACAUCUCAAUACUAUCGGACGAGAUGUCUACCGUGGACGACGCAUCUCUGCUUUUUGCGGAGCCACCGCAGAAGCAGUCGCAUAUGAUGUCUAUAGUGGUGGGUGCGUUUGUUGCAGUUGGUGGAUUUCUGUUUGGCUACGACACGGGGCUCAUAAACAGUAUAGUAGACAUGAGGUAUGUGCGGGAGAAUAUCGCGCCAAAUCACGUUGGAUUCACGGCGCAGCAGCUGGCCAUAUUGGUUUCGUUCCUAUCUCUGGGCACUUUUGUAGGUGCUCUGUCGGCACCGGUGAUAUCUGAUAAAUACGGCAGGAAAAAGACAAUUAUGUUUAGCACAGCGGUGGUGUUCUCACUUGGUAAUUCCUUGCAGGUGGGGGCACAUAACAUUCAAUUACUUAUUGCAGGCAGAGUUAUAUCUGGUCUAGGUGUUGGCCUGGUAUCCGCAGUUGUACCAUUAUAUCAAGCAGAGGCUGCUCAUAAAUCGCUGAGAGGUGCCAUCAUUUCAACUUAUCAGUGGGCCAUCACUUGGGGUUUGUUGGUGUCAAGUGCAGUAUCGCAAGGAACACAUAAUAGAAAUGACGCUUCCUCGUAUAGGAUACCCAUAGGUCUUCAAUAUGUCUGGGCAUAUAUAUUAGCAGCUGGUAUGCUAUGGCUUCCGGAAAGCCCUCGGUAUUAUGUUCUCAGAGAUCAACUAGACAAAGCUGCACAAUCAUUAUCAUUCUUAAGAGGAGUUCCUAUCCAUGAUUCAGGACUACUAGAAGAACUUGUAGAAAUAAAGGCAACAUUUGACUACGAAUCAUCAUUCGGCAAAACAACCUUCUGGGACUGUUUUAAAUCGAAUAAGAGUAGACCUAAACAAACACUUAGAAUGUUUACAGGUAUUGCUAUUCAGGCAUUCCAGCAAUUUUCAGGUAUCAAUUUUAUCUUCUACUAUGGUGUAAGUUUCUUCAAUAGAUCUGGUGUCGAAAACAGCUACAUUGUUUCAUUAAUAACGUACGCAGUAAAUGUUGGGUUCAGUGUUCCCGGGAUGUUCCUGGUGGAAUAUUUUGGUAGAAGAAGUGUGUUGCUAUAUGGAGGUGCGAUUAUGACUCUAUCGAAUUUCAUUAUCGCUAUAGUAGGAUCCUCGACACAAUCCGUCGUGGCUAAUAAAGUUAUGAUAGCUUUCAUAUGCUUAUUCAUUGCAUCAUUUGCGGCAACCUGGGGUGGUGUAGUGUGGGUUAUAUCUGCCGAGUUAUACCCUCUUGGAGUCAGAGCCAAAUGUACUGCCAUCUGUGCGGCAGCUAAUUGGCUGAUUAAUUUUGUUUGUGCUUUCAUAACUCCUUACAUUGUUGAUACGGGCGAAAGAAGAGCAUUGAUUGGACCAAAGAUUUAUUUUAUUUGGGGUAGCUUGAACGCUCUAGGUAUUCUGGUGGUAUAUUUCACUGUUUAUGAAACCAGAGGGCUAACCUUGGAAGAAAUAGAUGAACUAUAUACAAAAUCACCCAACGGUAUUGUAUCAGCUAAGUGGAAUAGGAGAAUAAGACACAGAGAAAAAACAUAUGGCCACAAGGAGCAACAAAAUAGAGAUAGAAAUCAACAAACUACCAAGGAAAACCUACGUAAGAAUGUUGUAAAUGAAGACAUGCUAAGUGAUGACCUAACUCCUCGCAAUGACUCUAUAAACACCCAUCAUAGUGUUGAUUCUAAUGAAAAGUAUCAAAGUGAAAACACCGAUAACACUUUAGCACCCGCAGUUAACGAUAGGAGUAUGAUGGAUUUUGGCAAUGACAUGAUAUUACAUAUAUGUAAUAGAGGUCCUCCAUCUAUCUCCACUGCAGCUAGUGUAGAAGAGUUUGGCGGAAACUCAACCCAAAUGGAGAACCUCAGUUAUAAUGAAAGUAACAGUGUCGAAAAGAAAAAAGUGGGCUUGUUUUCCAAGUUCAAGCUGGGUUCACGAAAGUCUUCCAUUAAUGGGACUGAAGAAGACAGCAAACCAAAAUCUCCGCAACUGGGUCAAGCCGAAUUUUCUCCAUCUCCAUUAGAUGUGAAGGUAUCUGAUGAUGAUCACAAUGACUUCGUUGAUUUAGGCAAUGGUUUUGGUUUGUACAGUGUUACCAGAAGACUUUCCUCAGGAGUACCUGAUACAAGUGACGAGGAAUCUGCAUAUGAUCUUGGUAAUGCACCAUCAUCAACAAAUACUUAUAGAAAUAGAGGUAACCUGGAUUCAAUAAACACGUAUAUGUCACAAUUAAUUCAGAGUAAUACCUAUACCAGCCAAAAUACAGGGUACUCACAAAACGACAACGAUCAGACGCAGCACCAUCAAUGA